GUCUAUUGAACGUGCAGGGUAACGACGUGCUGACGUUAGACGUGUGAACAACAAACAGUUGUUGGACUUCAACAAGCUAGCGAAUGGUAACGCUAGACAAAAACAGGUCCAACGUACUUCUCCCGGAUAGAGAGGCGCCUACGGAACAUCUUUGUAAUUUCGCAAUAAGUAGCGCAUCAGUACCGGCAGGUGUAGCUUCGGCACGGUUUCCUAGCGCUAACGUUAGCCACCUAAACCUGCUCAUUGCUCGGAGUGUGACGCCUGUUUUUUUUUUCUGGCUGCCGCUGGUCGAGGGUUGUGAUGCGAGCCGAGUUGCAGCACGACAGAGGGUGAGACUAGAGCUACAGCCGGAAAACAUUUGUCUUAAAACAGAAGAAUGGACUUUCUCGGCGAGAAACAGACGACCUCACGUAUAGAAGCGGGUAUGCGACCGUACACGGGCCUGGAUGUCAUUGUUGGGCGACAACUUUAGCAAGCUAGCUAACAUUAGCGCGCUCAAAUCCAUGCAAAUGAAUUGGUUUGGUGUCGGGCAGUAAGCUCACUUUGCUAGCGUAAUGGAGGCACCCUGAGUGACUUGUACAUUUCAAUUGACUGUCCUGGUCCUCUCAAAUACUGCUGGCAAUGUGCUGACGACCAGGGAGCAUUUCGUCGGUUCCCACUUGGAGCAAUAGGACACGGUUGGCAGACAUUAUUAAGUGGUGGUUGCCUGCCUAGCUGAUAGUUGAGCAAAGUUGCCUGGUUUGACAUAUAAAUAAUUACUGAAACAGUAUCUAUUUCACAUACAUGUAGACAUCACAUAUUUCUUGUAUUGAUAUUGGUUUGAAAUUGCACUUUAUUUAUCACAUGUUUAAGGAUGCACCAAAGUAACCUGUGAUUUGGGGAUUGUAAAAACUAUAAUUCAUUUAACCCCAAGUAAACAAACUAGUUAAACUAUACGUAUAACUUUCUGAAUGCACUUGAAUAUAAUUUGGCCAAUAAAGCAUAGGUGCACAUUUACAUAUAUUGUUGUGAGGCAAAGGCCAGAGACAGGCUUAUCCAUGUCAGUUGGUUCCUAGUUACUGUUUAACCCAAUAUCUAGGCUGUCUGGCACAGUUAAAGACGCAAGUUUCACUGGAAAUGAAAACAUGAAUAUCGAAGAACAGUGUCUAGAUUUGUGCAAUGUCAAGACAAAAAGCAAUGUGGACGAUGAUCACAACACUACCAACAACACAGAAGGGAUCACCCCCAGGAUCUCUGAACUGAUGACGGACAGUAACACAGAAAAACAGAACAUUGUUCCCACAGAGGCCUCCGAAACAUACCUGAUGCCUCAUCUCACUGACAACCUUCAGGCAGCUGAGGAGGACAACCACCAGGCACAAGACACACUGGAAAUUGAUGAGGUCAAUGGAAACAGAAAGAGCAGUGCUCAAGACACCCCUGCAGUAGUGAAUCCCACUGACUUGAUCUUUUCUAAUGAUGAGAACAUGAAGGAUACUAAUCCUGCAACGUUUGUUGUGGAAGAAGGGGAUGAUGGUGGGGACAUGGACAUAGGUGUGGAUCUAAGUCUUGAUGAGAGUGGGGUGUUGGAGACUGAAUCAACAAAUGUCAGAUCAUUCUCAGACAAAACUUUAGAAUCCGAGUCCACCACGUCUCAGGAUGUCCCAGCUGGCAGCACGGCAGAGAGCCCGUUAGAUGCAAGCCAGACAAGCAGCACAGUAGCUUCUGCCACAGACCAGGCUGGACUGUACCCUUUGGUGGAGGAGUUUGGCGAUAAACACAAACCAAGUGGCAAAAGGGUGACUUUUCCCUCAGAUGAGGAUAUAAUCUCUGGAGCUGUGGAGCCCAAGGACCCCUGGAGACAUGCUCAGAAUGUGACGGUGGAGGAGAUCCUCUCUUCCUACAAACAAGCUUGUCAGAAACUCAACUGUAAACCCAUACCCAAAGUGCUCAAACAGAUACAGGAACUGAAAGACCUGACACAACGAAAUGAAUGCUUAGAUCUAAAAGGUGAGAAGCUGGACUACAAAGCAUGUGAGUCUCUGGAAGAGAUUUUGAAGAGGGUCCAGUUUAAAGUGAUAGACCUGGAGCAGACCAACCUGGAUGAAGAUGGUGCAUCAGCUCUGUUUGACAUGAUCGAGUACUAUGAGUCAGCCACACAUCUCAACAUCUCCUUCAACAAGCACAUUGGCACACGGGGAUGGCAGGCUGCAGCUCACAUGAUGAGAAAGACGAGCUCUCUGCAGUAUCUCGAUGCACGUAACACUCCCCUGCUGGACCACUCGGCUCCCUUCGUCGCACGAGCACUCAGGAUCAGUGGCAGCCUGGCAGUCCUCCACCUGGAGAACGCUGGUCUGUCUGGCAGACCGCUCAUGUUACUGGCUACGGCUCUGAAGAUGAAUAUGAACCUGCGGGAGUUGUACCUGGCAGACAACAAGCUCAAUGGCCUGCAGGACUCAGCCCAACUUGGAAACUUGCUCAAGUUCAACUACAACAUUCAGAUCCUGGACCUGCGCAACAACCACAUCCUAGACUCUGGUCUGGCCUACGUGUGCGAAGGACUAAAAGAGCAGAGGAAAGGUCUCGUCACUUUGGUGCUAUGGAACAACCAGCUCACACACAAUGGCAUGGGUUACCUCGCUGCUGCACUGCCAUGCACCCAGAGUCUGGAGACUCUGAACCUCGGCCAUAACUCUGUGGGUAACGAAGGAGUCCACAAGCUGAAAGACGGACUGAUUGGGAACCGCUCUGUGCUCAGACUGGGCCUCGCUUCCACCAAACUGUCCUGUGAAGGAGCUGUGGCUGUGGCUGAAUUCAUCGCUGAGAGCCCCAGACUGCUGCGCCUGGACCUUCGCGAGAAUGAGAUCAAGACAGGUGGACUGAUGGCCCUUUCACUCGCCCUAAAAGUCAACACGUCUCUGCUGCGUCUCGACCUUGACCGGGAGCCCAAGAAAGAAACUGUAAAGAGCUUCAUUGAGACCCAGCGCGCCCUGCUGGCUGAGAUCCAGAAUGGCUGCAAGAGGAACUUCAUCCUGGCUAAGGAGAAGGAGGAAACGGAGCAGAAGAUGAGGCAGUCAGCAUCCAUGGCUGAAAUCGCCACAGAGGAUGGGACCACAGAAGAAGAGGAGGAAGAACCAGCAGCAGAGGAGAGAGGGGACAAAGGGGGGAAAGAGGUAGAAGAAAAAGGUGAAACGCCAGGAAAUGAACGACAAACAAGCAGCGAGUCAGGAGACAGCAAUGAGACUACCAUUCCUGAAAUGAUCCUGGAGUCGGACUCAGACACUGAGGAUGAGGAGGACGAGGAGGUGGUAACAAAGUCCUCUUCCACGUCAAACUCCUCCCCUCGCUUAAACCAGACUGCUCCUCAUAUCCAGACAGGGGUUGCACAGCCCUUCCUCAGUGCCUCAUGUACAUCCUCAACCCUGUCUGCCUCACCUACCGGCAGCCCGAGUGUCAUUUCCGGCAUCACCGUCACAGAAUCUUCAGUUCCUCGUGGCACCCCUCCGUCUCCUGGUCGCUGUAUAUCUGUCUCUAGUCCAGGGAGAGGUCACAAGAUCUUCAUGGUAACUCGGGUGGAGAGCCCCCCUGAGCAGCUACAAUUCCAGAUGAGUGCACCUGCAGCUCCCAGCCAGGCUAAAGAGGCCUCAAAGAAGCCUGUAGACGGGAGCACACCCACGACACAGCCAACAUGGCCACCGCCCUCAUCUCCAACACAACUGACACAGGCGGACUUGAAGGAGAGCUCAGCUGCUCCGUCAACAGACUGUAAACUCAAAGAUCAGAGUCCUGUAGCACACUUAGAGUCCGCAGUAAAUACUACACUAGAGCCGCAGUCUACAAGUCAACCCACAGAGGAUGCGACAGCUAGCACUUUAGACCCAGAAGUGACAGAUCCAAGUCAACAAGCACUAGUCCUGCCAUCAAACUCCUCAUCGGCGCAGGCUGUAGCAUUUCCGCUCACAAAGGAGGUAAUGGAGAGCAUUAAAAGCCCCCAACCCAAGCCCACUUGUGUUGAGGAAAAGAAGGAAGGAGAGGAGGAGGAAGGUCUUAUAGAAGAUUUUAGUCAAACCCAGACUAGUAUCCCUGCAGAACAAUCGCAGCAGCCGUUAACAAUUGCUCUUGAACAGCUACAGGAUGAGCUAUCAACUGCAUCAGAGGAGAGACAGUUACCGAACCAAACAGAAGAAGAAGAGGCCCUUCCAAUAGAGGAGAAGCAGGAAGCGCCAGUAGACUUGGUGAAACCCAGUUUAACAGAGAAAGAGGACAGCCAGCCAACCCAAGAGGAAUCAUGUCCAAAGCAGCAAACGGAGGCAGAUGAACAGGCAGCAGAGCCUGUUCUCUCCGUCCAGACUGAUCAACAGGAACCAUCUGUCACUCUAGGUGGAGCUCAGGAGUUGAAUCCUCCAGCAAGAGAAGCCUCAAAGAGUCCUGAACUAGCCACGACUGAGUAUGUCUCCCCAGUCAAAGACGAGGAUUCACCCGAUGAGAGCUCUGCAGACGAAGACGAGUGUUUUGCCGAGGCUCCGGAGGAGGAGAUAGUCGGUUCAGCUCUACCCAACGGCCUGAAGCCUGAGUUCUCCCUCCAUCUUCUGGACGCCGAAAGCCCCAAGCCCGGCAGCUGUGUGAUGGAGCACGUGAGUGUCAGCUAUGGACAAGACCUGGAGGAGCUGCUGCUAGAAGCCAGUUUGGAGACGGGGAGAGACGCACCAUGAGGUGCACCAAAAGGGUUUUGAGGGACGGCGAGAACGGGAGAAAACAGCACUCGUCGAUAGAUUGUCUGGCUCUACUACAUGACAAGUUGCCCUACAAUGUUUUUGUCUUUUCUUUGACUUUACCAUCCACACAACCUUUCCAUAAAGAACAAAAGACCCGGUAUUACAGUCAAAGCUCUGAAAAUACAAGCAAAUUAGAGAAAGAAACAAAAAAAUACAAAAUCGACUUUUGGAGCUUUGCUGUGACAAAAAAGUUACACACUACAUCAACCACAGAAACACAGUUACAUAUGCAUAUUAUGCGGAAGAGAGAGAGAGAAAAAAAAAGAGAAAUAAAAUCACUCUGUUGUCACUACAUUUCGUCAAUCUGCAAUCUUUAUACACAAGCAGACGCCUGUGAGUGAGACAGAAGAGAGCUGGGGGGUUAAACACUAACCAAAGACAGAACACAGACCUUUCUCACAGCCCCUCCUGUUGCUCUCUUGUGUAGAUUUCCACUGUAGUUGGAGGAAUAACUAGCAAUUCUAUAUAUAUAUUUUUUUUUUUGUCAUAACACAUACACAAAGACAUAACAGUGAUAAUGAGAAAAGUGGGGUUGAUGGCACAUUCACAAGACAAAAUAGCGUUGACGGGCCCUACUGAGCGGACCUGCUGGCUUUAAACACUUGUUCUAGAGGUGGAUGUAGGUCAUUAUCAAAGGCUUUUAUAUCCGAGGAAGCUGAAGAUGUUAACGUGUCUGUUUAAAUGUCAACGUUUUAUGUCAGUUCCCAACUCCUGACCAUUUCUCUCCCUUCUGGGAAAGAAGAACUUUUAAGGGACCUCUGCCAAAGUGACUUCCCUCUCUGUGUUUUCUCCUCCUCUGCUCACUUUGGCCCCUCAGGAAUCAGCGUCCCCCUCCGGUCAGUCUUCUCAGAUCUGAUGUGGAGGAGCUGCAACUGUCUCUCUGCCUGCCUCUGCUGCAACAACAAAAAAAAGAAAGCUUUUUGAAGUCGGUAAUUUUGCUCCCAGCUGAAAAAAAAAAAACCAGAACGUCUGCAAAUGUCAGAAAGCAAGAUGUCUGCUAUUGGUUGAGUUAUUUACAUCUUUUUUUUUUUUUUCUUGAUUCUCUACAACACUCAGACACUAUUAUUGCUUUGUUCGACCAGUCAUUGUUGUGUUAAACUCUUUCACGAAAAGCAGCUCGGUCUCUGUCGACAUUUCCCCCCUCCUUCCUCCUGUCCCUCAGUCUUCCACUGAUACUUGCUGCCAUCUCCCCGCUCCAGCUCGUCAUUCAUGUUGCCUUCAAAACUCACCACUUCAGGUUCAGUCUUUGUUUUUUCUUUUGGGCUGCUUUGAGAAAUCACUUAUUUUCUAUUUAUUUUAUAGCUAUAUGAGCCUUUUCUGAUUUACUUUUCCCCCUUUUUUUUCUUCACCUCCAUCCUCAUUUUAUCUUUUUUGUUUUCCAUUUUGGGGGUUGCUUUUAAAGAUGAACCCUAUUUUGUUGAUGUAUAUUUCAGAUUCAAACUAGAGCAAAUAUUUAGUUUUGUUUUUUGGGGGGAGGGAAAGGUAAUCUGUGUUGGAAGAAAAGGUAAAUAUGGUUGAAUGGUUGACUAUAGCAGUCGGGGUGCAGUAAUGAAAGCAAACGCACGAAUGCAGCAAACAUUAGUUCUCAUCAAAAGUCCUGGUUGUUUUAACACUACUGUGCUGGGUGAGGCUGUGGCCACAAGGUGGCAGUGGUGGUUGUGUUGUUUUCUCACAGAGGAGACAGAAGUGAAAGGAUACCACAGUCUAAACAACAUCGUAUACAACACACUGCAGGCGCUGAUGUCUCUGCUCAAAUCCAACUUCUGUCCUGAAUUUUCCCGAGCAAGGAUUUAGGAAGAAACUUCACACGAAAUGUCAACUUCAUGUAUGUUCGUGAAGAGAGCUGCUUUGAUUAUUUCCUGAAGCAGAUACGGGCAGGUGUGUUGUAUUUUAUUUUAUUUUUUUCCUUCUUAAAAGGAGCAGCAUUCAACCCUCAUGCUCCUCUUCACCCAAGUGAUAGUUUGCCCCCACUGUUUGUUAUGCUUUAAUUUUUAGAAAUUUUUAAUAAUAAUUUGUUAACUUAAUUGAAAUGUGCUGGUAAUCACAAAGAUAUGUAUGGCGAAAUUUGUUCCUCUCAAAUAAAUGCAUGUAAUGACUAAAUGAUA